UAAGGGCGGGACAGUUUCUUUGACAUUGCUGUAAAGGGGGAGGGACAAAAACAAACAGUUACAAAACGUGCUAGAAAUUAACAACCACUGAUUCCUGCUUUAUAGUUACAGUAAUACUCCAUUAUUGUAACUUUAGCGGAAUCAUGUAUCGGCGACCGCUGCAGUCCGCCGUUAGACAGUUAUUAAACGCUUCAGCAUCGAGAGCUAUCCUCGGAAAGGCCAUUGAACAAGAUGUGUGUCAGUCCAGGGCUUUGGUGGCUUGCCAGAUAACAGCGGAUGCGGGCGUCCCCAAUCACUCACAAUACCGAGCUCUUCACAGCACAAGAGAGCUGCAUACUGUUAAAGAGACCCCACAGACUACAGAUGAAGAGGUGGGGGCCUUCACCAAACUGAUUGAGGCCAUAGGCUUCACCGGACCCCUCAAAUACAACAAAUGGAAAAUUAAGAUAGCUGCCUUGCGCAUGUACACAUGCUGUGUAGAAAGAAUCAACUAUGACGAGUUUUUUGAAAAGUGCUCUCUCCCCGACACGCUCAACUCCUGGUUCUUGGUGGCACAGCUCCAUGUUUGGAUGUGUCUGGUCCGGAUGCGGCAGGAAGGCAGAGCUGGGAAGUACAUGUGCCGUUACAUCGUCCACUCCAUGUGGGAGGAUGUGGAGCAGAGGAGCAAGAUUAUGGGAAUUGAUGCCAUUCAAAGAAAGGAGAGCAUGAAGGUGAUGACGGAGACGUUCUACGCUGCGCUUUUUGGUUAUGACGAGGGAAUUCUGUCAGACGAUUGCGUUCUUGCGGCGGCGCUCUGGAGAAAUAUGUUCAACAGACACUGUGAAGACCCCAGACAGCUCGAGCUGAUGGUCGAAUAUGUCCGCAAACAGAUGCAGUUCAUUGAUGCUCUGGAUGGGGAGGACCUGCUUUUAACAGGAGAGGUGAAAUGGCGCCCCCUGGUGGAGGACAACGCCCAGAGCAUCCUGAAAGUUCCCAGCCCCACCUACAAUGAUGCUGGUCUCUGAGAGCCAUCUCGCCUAGAGUUGCCAAUCAGCACACGAGUAGCCAAUCAGGAAGCAGCACUCACCUGAUUAGUCACACCCUCUUCCUUGAUCUGUCUUUCCCUGUCUUUCCUGACUCUCCCUUCUGGUUUGUCAGCUCCCCUCGUCAACACAGCGAUGUGAAUACAACAAACACGUACACAAACACACACACACAUACACAUUUAUUCUCACAUGUAUUGAGAGUAUUAAGGACUCACCAGAAUGGUUUUGCACUCUCCUUUUCUAAAGCUAUAGAGAAUUCUUGUAUUUAUAUGUCUUUCCAUAUGGCUGCAAUGUUGCAAUAUUUAUAGGAAUAUUUCCUGGCUCUUUCACUGUACCUCUCCUCAGCAUUUACAGUGCAAACGGUUGUUGUUUUUUAUUUCACUCUCAAUGUGUUGGAGGAAGAUGUUUCGAGUGUGUGUGAAUGUGAGUGUAUUUUUUACUUGUCAGGGUCGUCCACCAAUAAAAGCAUGUCUCCAGUAAUGACCUCUUCUGACUUCA